AAUAGGCGGAGGGUGGAGGAGCCGGGGGUGGCUGGGCUGCUGCGGGAGGGUCCGGAGCGGGACCGGGAGCCGAGGCCGAGCCAUGAUCCACAGCCUGUUCCUGAUUAACGCGGCGGGCGACAUCUUCCUGGAGAAGCACUGGAAGAGCGCGGUCAGCCGCUCCGUCUGCGACUACUUCUUCGAGGCGCAGGAGAAGGCGAGCGAGGCGGAGAACGUCCCGCCCGUCAUCCCCACCCCGCACCACUUCCUCAUCAGCGUGUACCGGGACCGCAUCUUCUUCGUGGCCGUCAUCCAGAGCGAGGUGCCGCCGCUGUUCGUCAUCGAAUUCCUGCACCGGGUGGUGGACACGCUGCAGGACUAUUUUGGGAGCUGCUCAGAAGUAGCUAUCAAAGACAAUGUUGUGGUUGUGUACGAGGUGCUGGAAGAGAUGUUGGACAACGGCUUUCCACUGGCGACGGAAUCUAAUAUCUUAAAGGAGCUGAUCAGACCUCCCACCAUCCUCCGCACUGUUGUGAACACCAUCACUGGCAGUACCAAUGUUGGGGACCAUCUGCCCACAGGACAACUCUCUGUGGUCCCUUGGCGGCGCACCGGUGUGAGAUACGCCAACAACGAAGCCUACUUUGAUGUGGUGGAAGAGAUCGAUGCCAUCAUUGACAAAUCAGGUUCAACAGUAUUUGCUGAGAUACAGGGUGUUAUUGAUGCCUGUGUGAAGCUGACUGGAAUGCCAGAUCUCACCCUCUCAUUCAUGAACCCUCGGCUAUUGGACGAUGUCAGUUUCCACCCCUGUGUCCGUUUCAAGCGUUGGGAGUCAGAACGAAUCCUUUCUUUCAUACCACCAGAUGGAAAUUUCCGACUCCUGUCCUAUCAUGUCAGUUCCCAGAAUUUGGUGGCCAUUCCCGUCUACGUCAAACACAACAUCAGCUUUCGGGAUGGCAGCUCCACAGGGCGGUUUGAAAUCACCGUCGGGCCGAAGCAGACGAUGGGAAAGAUGUUGGAGGGGACCAUUGUGACCAGCCAGCUGCCAAAAGUGGUACUGAACGUGAAUCUCACCUCCACGCAAGGGAACUACACCUUUGACCCUGUCACCAAGGUACUGUCAUGGGAUAUUGGGAAGAUCAAUCCUCAGAAGCUGCCCAGUCUGAAGGGUUCCAUGAGCCUGCAGGCAGGGACGCCCAAGCCUGACGAGAACCCCAACAUUAACGUCCAAUUCAAGAUCCAACAAUUGGCCAUAUCAGGUCUGAAGGUAAAUCGACUGGACAUGUACGGAGAGAAAUACAAACCAUUCAAGGGCAUCAAGUACAUGACGAAAGCUGGGAAAUUCCAAGUCCGCACAUAGUGGCUAUUCUGAAGGCACUUGCUUCUUGCAGCAAUGGGGAUUUUGUUCCCUGCCUGCCUGCUUCCCAGUUGAAAUUUCCCCUUUUACUUUAUUGUUGCUUCUUGUGUUUGUAUCAAUAGAACCACCUUUGUGGUUAGCUGCACUUCAAAGAAUCCAGCACGGGGUUAACUAUUGAUGUUGUUGGUGUGAACCAGUGGUUUAGAUGUGAAGGCCAGGGCACUGAUCCUUGGUUGGUGAGACUAAAUGCCCUCAGUGGCGGCAGCUACCAUCCUCCACUCCUGUAACUCAGUUACAUAAAUGUUGAUGAAAGUUCUGAGGUGGUGUAGAACGUGCAGCUGCAACCACAAAAUGUGUUGACUGUGGUGAAGUUCAUGUCAUAUACUAUCAUGAGGAGUCGACCUUUAACUAAAAUCUUAGCUGGUGUGGAGCAGUAAUGUAAAAGCUGAAAAUUUAUUGUGUGUUACUAUUUUUACAUUACAGGAGUAGAACAAAGGCAGUUAUGGAGCCAGCUACCACAUUGUUAUACCUUCGCCAACCUGUGUUUGCUCACCGUAAUUUGACAUUACCAUUUAUUUCAGUGUGCUGGAAGGUUUACUAGGGUGCUAAUUUUGUUUAACACUGUUACAGGGACACUUGAUCUUUUAGCUUGUGUACGCAGAAGAUGCUGGAAAUGCUCAGCAGGUCAGGCAGCAUCCGUGGAGGGAGAAAUAAGGGUUAAUGUUUCAGGCGAAUGGGUUUUCCUCCAUUCUGAUGAAAGACCUGAAACUUGAACUCAAAUUUCUCCACACGUUCUGCCCCUGGCUGCCAAACAUAUCCAGCCUUUUGCUGUUUUUAUUUCAAUGUGCAGCACCUGUGGGUUUUUGCUUUGCAUUGGAGCUUAAUCCUGGUUCCACAACUAUUGAACAGUGCUUGCUGUUCAUGAGGCAACAAUCACUGUCUCUCUGUCAAGUGAAGCAAAAUACCCAGAGCUGCACCCCUGAGGGAAACAACCUGGGAACCUUUUCUGUGUAUUCUGACUGCAGUGCUGUGUUAGAAGUGAGGUAUCGGUAAUCACUGGAGCAUUCCUGAAUGUGGAUAUUGUCUGCUAUGGAGUGGUGAAGUUAUUCCUUUUGAUCUGUUUGGUUUCUAACCUUUUCCAGACCUAUGGCAAAGCUUGUGCUGCAAUCCUCUUUGCUGAGUGUGUUUGUUGUAAUACCCCAUCAGGACCAGCUAAACUCUUACCAAUGAAAUAUAAUUUAAGAUCCUCUAUCCAUGCUCAGAAGCAAGAAUUCAUGAGCUGAAAAUUCACUACAGUCUGUUUUUCCCACUACAUUUGCAGGGGAACAGCCCUGUAAUGGGAAGCUGUGUUACAUUGCUGCUUCACCUUUACCCAGACUCUGACUGCUGCAUUUGUUGAGGUUUGGUGCUGUAAUUUUGCAUUGAGUCGUACUCUAAUGUUAAUGUAAUGCCAGUUAUUCUGUAGCCCACCUGUGGCUGUGGGGAAAGUACUGUGUAAUAACAAAUACAUCAAUGAAGGUUCGGUGAAUGAAGCUUAGGGUUCAACAGGGUAUUCCUUGAAAGUGCAAGACUUUGUUGAGUGUUUGUUGCUAAUCUAAGAAUUUGCUUAUUUAGACCCAAACUCCUGAAUUUCAACACUUGAUGUUUGAAAACAAAACAGCUGUAUAUUUUGUAUUUCUUUCAUGAGCAUCAAAUUAAGGUGUAGUUUAUGACCCAAGAAGAGAACGUCUUAAUUAUGGAGCACCAGUCAUUCAAAUGUGAUCAGGCAAAUCGAGAAUGUCCACUGUGGUUUUAAUUAUCUAGCCUCCAGUCAUAAUGCUGCACUGUAGAGAAAGGUGGGGGCUUCUCUUGUCACUUUGUGGAAAAGAUGUUUGAAGCUUUGGAAUCUGCUCGUUAGGGCGAGUAUACGUUUUGUUCUACAUUUCCUCAAAAUCUGACAUUCUGAGACGUUUGAAUUUGACUCCACAGUGCAGGACAGGAAAUAUUUCCAACUGUAAACUGCUGACAAACGAAAGCAGAUUCUUCUCCGGAGUAUCACAUUUGUGAUGUAAAUGGAAUUUUCUAUAUUAAUUUCAUGUUGAGAUGGAACUGAAUUAUUUGUGUGUGCAAUACCUGGCAGACUUGCCCCUUGCAGGUGGUACUGUUUUAAUUUAUUAUUUGGAUAUAUUUAAAAGAAUGAUCUUUGCUGUACUCUUAUCAGAUGCUGUUAAAAGAGUAUGAACUGUUACUAGAGCAGGCAACUUUGCCUGGAAAAUGCAUUCAUUAGUGUUUAGCAUUAAAUAAAGUAGUACCUUGUUAUGACAAA